AUGGGCGAUGAGUACACAAUCCAGGUCGUAGAAGAGAUGCUUUCAGAGCACGAUAUCACAGAAACCGUGUCUGCUCCCUUUCUAGACCCCAAUCAAUACGCAAACCUCAGCUCGCAUGAUAAUUCUUACAAUCCCCUGUUCCUUCGAGUCCCCAACGGCCUCUCAGAUACUUCUGAAACUUCCAGCGAUUACGAGGCCUCCCCCACUCUGACUGAAGGCUCAUGGAGCAGUGACGACUUCUUCUCUUCUCCGAACUCCAACACGCACAGCUCAUCACCUCUUCUCAGUGAAGGUUCGUGGAGCGAGGAGGACUUCCUUGAACUUCUCUCGGAUCUCAAUUUCGACAGUUGGGAAGGUGCACCGCUUUCGUGGUUCCCACCUGUUUGGGACGGGCAUACCGGCACCUCCGUCCUUGAUCCAGCCCCUGAUGAUCCCAACUUGGCUGUCGGAAGUACAAGCAAUGCUCACGAAAGCGAUGCAAGUACCGCAUAUCCUUUCGGCGAAGUCGAGCCUACAUAUUUCGACCCACACCUUACUUCGAUGGUUAUCAUCAAUCAAGACCGCCACGUACAUCCUACGAAAAGAGGCAGAACUCGAUAUGGUCAAGCAACCGAAGGUUUCGUCUCGUUCCGCAUGCUUAGUGCCCAGGCCGACGGUAUUGUCGUUCGAGCCGCUCUUGAUGGCGCGACGCUCGUAGGAGCGGAAGAUAUUGUCACACAAGACCACGCAGUCAACGUCAUGCUACACAUCCUGUGGCCCGGUUACAAACCGUGGAAAACGCUUCUACGGACGAAGAACUGGGCAAAGGAACCGCAGCCGAUAUCACGCACUGAACUCGCGAAACGUCUUGCGAGAGCCAUAAUAAAAUUCACCGGUAAUGCAUCACUCAAGGUACAGGUAUCCGGUUUGGAAUCAUCAUCGGAAGCGUCGACUGUUGCCGCCCUUGCUGAUCUGACGGCGGAUAGCAUUGUUCUGCGGUCAUUCUACCCAGUCACGAAAGGAGGGUGGCAGGUUGAGCUCGGUGUUCUACCACUGUUUAAGGAGCAAGGUUGAAUCCUGUAGCUGGUGUUUCCUCUUUUUUUCCAGACCUAUUAUGACAAAUCAGUGACCCAUCUCUCAGUUCCAUCUAUGGUUGCAAUGUAUAUCAACCACAAGUUUUU